GUGCAGCCACGUGUGUAACUAUCUCCUCUCGCAUCCAUAUGGCUCCUCCCUAAAAAAUUGAAAGAAAGCAAAGCUAAAAUUUAAUCCGUCGCCUCAACAACAGAGUCUGCCUGCGCAAAUAUGACUCAUUUCCCUGCGAUGACAUCCAAGAACGUGGCUGUUAUCGGCGCCGGGGCUGCUGGAUUAGUGGCGGCCCGGGAACUCCGGCGGGAGGGCCACGGCGUCGUGGUUUUUGAGCGGGGAACCCAACUCGGAGGCACCUGGGUGUACUCUUCAACCGUGGAGUCCGACCCGCUGGGAGUUGACCCAGGGCGGGAAGUCGUUCAGUCUAGUCUCUAUUUUUCCCUUAGGACUAACCUCCCCCGGGAAGUAAUGGGUUUCCUGGAUUACCCGUUUGUGGACCGGAGAGGGCCUCGUCGAGAUCCGAGACGAUUUCCGGGUCACGGGGAAGUUCUAGAAUACUUGAAGGAUUUCUCCGGCGAAUUCGGACUUUGUGAAUCGUUGAGGUUAGCAACGGAGGUUAGACACGUGGAGUUGGCUGACAAAGGGAAGUGGGAAAUUAGCUCAAUGAAAAUGAAGAAAGAUUAUGGCGGAGAGGCGGCGCGUGUGAAUGAGGUGUAUGAUGCCGUGGUGGUCUGCAAUGGCCACUUUAAGGCGCCCCGAGUUGCUGACAUUCCAGGGAUGGAUGUAUGGCCGGGGAAGCAAAUUCACAGUCAUAAUUACCGAAUCCCUGAUGAUUUUAAAGAUCAAGUUGUUGUGGUGAUAGGAAGUUCAGCCAGUGCUGAAGAUAUCUCUAGAGAAAUAGCUAAAGUUGCUACCGCAGUCCAUAUUGCUUCGAGGUUAUUCCAAAAAAAUGGAAGCUUAGGAAAGUUGCCUGGGUAUCAAAAUGUAUGGCUCCACCCGAUGAUAGAAGGUCUCGGCACUGAUGGUGGGGUGAAUUUUAAGGAUGGAACUGUAACUCGUGCCGAUGCUAUCCUACAUUGCACUGGGUACAAAUAUGAUUUUCCUUUUCUUGAAACCAGUGGUGCUUUAAGUGUGGAUGACAACCGUGUUGGGCCACUCUACAAGCAUGUUUUUCCACCGUCCUUUGCUCCUGGGCUUUCAUUUGUCGGAAUUCCAUGGAAGGUUGCGCCGUUUAUAUUGUUUGAGUUGCAAAGCAAGUGGAUUGCUAAGGUCCUAUCGGGUCGUGUUUGUCUUCCAUUAGAGGAGGAAAUGAUGGCUGACAUUGAAGCCUUCUACUUGAGUAUGGAAAGCCGUGGUCUACCAAAAAGAUAUACCCAUCAACUCGGGGAGCAUCAGUUUGAGUAUGAUGACUGGUUAGCUGCAGAGUGUGAUUUUCCAGCGAUAGAAGAAUGGAGAAAAGAAAUGUACGCGGUGACUAGCCAAAGAAGAAGGGAACAACCUGAAACAUACCGUGACGAAUGGGACGAUGAACACUUAAUUUUACAGGCACAUCAAGACUUCCAUAGAUAUCUUUCUUCCUGAGGCUCAAUAACUAAAAAAAUAUGUAGGGAAAUGGACAGUUUUGGUCCCUCGAUUGUUUGUGUUUAGCCACUUUAGUCUCAUAACCAGUAACUUUACGUCUUUACUCAUACGGUUUGUGCGUAAAUAAUGUCUUUGAAUGGAUCAAUUCCAUUUCAAGAAUACUGUGAUUUGCACGCUUAUUAUA